AUGCCCCCAAACCCCCCAGACCCCGCGGCUCCCACGCCCCCGGGGCCGGUGUCGCCUGUCGCUGUCCCGCGGGGACCCCGAGGGGCCGGGUCGGGGUCUGGGGUCGGAGUUUGGGGUCCCCCCCUGCCGGAGCCCCCCCAGUCCCGGCUCCUCGUCAUUGAUUUCCCGUUCAUGGCCGUUAAUUAUCGCCCUGCUUUAAUUAAUGGCCGUGACGGCAGCGGCGCCGCCAGAGAGCCGCGGGCGGGGGGGGGCGGUGUCCCCAAGGGGGGGGACAGCCCCUGGGGGGGACACUGGGACCUCCGUGCGCCGCCGGGGACGCGGUGGGACACUGACAGACAGACAGACAGAGAGACACACAGACGGACAGACACACAGACACACAGACGGACGGACGGACGGACAGACACACGGACAGACGCACACGCAGACAGACACACAGGCGGACAGACGGACAGACACACGGGCAGACACACGGACACACGGACAGACAGACGCAGGUGCCGCUCCGUGUCACGUGCUCGCCCCAGGUGCGCUCACCUGCGCUCCCCCGUUUUCCCGCCAGAGGGCGCGCUGGCUUUAGCCCCGCCCACGCCCGCUCAGGCCCCGCCCCCCGCGCCGCUCCGAGUCCUCCCGCCCGGCAGGGGGGGCCGCACCGCCUCCCCGGCCGCGCAUGCGCACACGGAGAGGCCGCGACCUGCCCGGCGGAGCCCGCCGUGUCCCUCGGCCGUGUCCCCGUGUCCCUCCGUCCUCGCCAUGCUCACCUGUGCCAGGUUCAUCUCGGCUCCUGCUCUGGUGAGCCGGCUGUGCCCGCAGGUGCGGAGGAGCCCGCGGGCGGGGCUGGGGCAGCCCCUGGCAGCGCUGAGCGGCCCCGAGGCGCGGCCGGAGCAGGCAGCGAGUGGCGUGCCGCCCCGCUGCCGCAGGAACCCGUCGCUGAAGCAGCAGCUCUUCUCCUACGCCAUCCUGGGCUUCGCGCUCUCCGAGGCCAUGGGGCUCUUCUGCCUCAUGGUGGCCUUCCUCAUCCUCUUCGCCAUGUGA